AUGAAGAGAAAAAAUAUUUCGGAAAAAUCGAACAAUUUUCAUGAACAUGAUGCUGGUGUAUCAUCUGGAAAUCCUAAAAGCAGACAACCAGCGGAAAUAAGGGGACGAGUUACAGGAUUAUCGGAAAAUCAAAUAACAAAUAUCUCUCGAAAUCAUAAGACUUUUAGUGGUAUAAGUACUGAUGAAAAUGAGGAACCUCAACCAGCAAAACGACGACGAGUAUCAAUUGUAUAUAAGUAUGUGAAAAGGAUCUCAAAUUCUGAAUAUGAAUGUAAUAUUAUUCGUUGUACAGUAGAUUCUAACGCUAACAUUAAACGUCAUCUAGCAAAUGUUCAUGGUCUAGAUGAUGUUAAACCAAAAUCUCUUUCAUUGACCACAAAUAUACAAAUGGAUCCAUUUCGUAAAAGUAAAUUAGAUGAAGCUGCGAUAAGAUGUAUUAUUGUGGAUAGAAGGCCAUUUGGAGAUUUUAGAAAACACAGUAUGUCAAAAAGUUUAUUUUUUGUUUAG